UUCAAUGGACUCAAAUCGGGCGCUGCCAACGCGGAAUAUUCACGACUAAUACAUAAUUAUCAACAAAUUAUUAAAAAUAUUCUGAAAUAAAUUUCAAAUUAAUUUGGUGCCUUUGAUGUCCGGUCAGUGAGUCGCGAGUUUGGCUUGGAUUACAGUGCAGUCGAUCCCAACCAGCGAGGAUGGUUCAGUUCCUGGGAAAUCCGGGCGCCACUGGUGAGCACAUUCACAUGGUGACCCUGGACAAGACGGGCAAAAAGUCAUUCGGAAUCUGCAUAGUACGAGGUGAGGUGAAGGAUUCGCCCAACACCAAGACCACCGGUAUCUUCAUCAAGGGCAUUGUGCCCGACAGUCCGGCGCACCUGUGUGGUCGCUUAAAGGUUGGUGACCGAAUCCUCUCACUCAACGGAAAGGAUGUUCGUAACUCCACCGAACAAGCGGUCAUCGAUCUCAUUAAGGAGGCAGACUUUAAGAUCGAUCUGGAGAUUCAGACCUUCGACAAGAGCGAUGAACAGCAGGCAAAGACAGAUCCGCGUAGCAAUGGCUACAUGCAGGCCAAAAACAAGUUCAACCAGGAGCAGGCGCCCAACAACAAUGCGGGUGGAGGUCAGGGAAUGGGAAUGGGUCAAGGUCAGAGUCAGGGAAUGGGUGGCGUGAAUCGUCAGCAAACUAUGCAAAAACGCAAUACCACAUUCACGGCCUCGAUGCGUCAAAAGCACAGCAACUAUGCUGAUGAGGAUGAUGAGGACACCCGAGACAUGACCGGUCGCAUUCGCACGGAGUCGGGCUAUGAGAUUGAUCGAGCUUCCGCCGGUAACUGCAAACUAAACAAGCAGGAGAAGGAUCGCGACAAGGAACAGGAAGAUGAUUUUGGCUACACGAUGGCUAAGAUCAAUAAGCGGUACAACAUGAUGAAGGACCUGCGAAGAAUCGAGGUCCAGAGGGACGCCAGCAAGCCUCUAGGACUUGCUCUUGCUGGACACAAGGACCGCCAAAAGAUGGCGUGCUUUGUAGCCGGUGUGGAUCCCAAUGGAGCAUUGGCCAGUGUGGACAUUAAGCCGGGUGACGAGAUCGUCGAGGUAAACGGCAAUGUGCUAAAGAAUCGCUGCCACUUGAACGCGUCCGCCGUGUUCAAGAACGUGGAUGGGGAUAAGCUGGUGAUGAUCACCUCGCGACGCAAGCCUAACGAUGAGGGCAUGUGCGUAAAGCCCAUCAAGAAGUUCCCAACCUCGUCGGAUGAGACUAAGUUCAUCUUUGACCAGUUCCCGAAAGCACGCACGGUACAGGUGCGCAAAGAAGGUUUCCUGGGCAUCAUGGUCAUCUACGGCAAGCACGCCGAAGUGGGCAACGGCAUUUUCAUCUCUGAUCUGAGAGAGGGUUCCAAUGCCGAGAUAGCGGGCGUAAAAGUGGGUGACAUGCUGUUGGCCGUUAAUCAAGAUGUUACUCUAGAAUCCAACUACGAUGAUGCAACUGGAUUGCUGAAACGUGCCGAGGGCGUGGUGACCAUGAUUCUAUUGACUCUCAAGAGCGAGGAGUCCAUAAAGGCCGAAAAGGAGGAGGCAGAGAAAAAGAAAGAGGAGGCUAAGAAAGAAGAGGAGAAGCCACAGGAACCAGCCACAGCCGAGAUCAAGCCCAACAAAAAGAUUCUCAUCGAGUUGAAGGUGGAGAAGAAGCCGAUGGGCGUAAUCGUCUGCGGCGGCAAGAAUAACCAUGUCACGACUGGCUGUGUGAUCACACAUAUUUAUCCAGAAGGACAAGUGGCUGCCGACAAACGCCUUAAGAUCUUUGACCACAUCUGCGAUGUGAAUGGCACAGCAAUCCACGUAGGUGCUAUGACUACAUUAAAGGUCCAUCAGCUUUUCCACACCACAUACGAAAAGACGGUAAACUUAACAGUGUAUCGCGCCGACCCACCGGAGCUGGAAAAGUUUAAUGUGGACUUCAUGAAGAAAGCUGGCAAGGAGCUGGGCCUCUCGCUAUCACCCAACGAACUGGGAUGCACGAUUGCGGACGUAAUACAAGGUCAGUACCCGGAGAUCGACAACAAACUGCAACGCGGCGAUAUCAUCACUAAAUUCAAUGGCGAUUCCCUGGAGGGUCUCACGUUCCAGGUGUGCUAUGCCUUGUUUAAGGGUGCCAACGGAAAGAUAUCAAUGGAGGUGACUCGACCCAAGCCCACUUUGCGCACCGAAGCACCCAAAGCAUAGGAACGAUCCUCUGGUACCGAAGCAGUGAAACAUUCAAUAAAAGAUCCGACAAUUCUAA